AUGUCCUCUCUCGAUCAAUGCUCAACAUCAACAGCGUCUAUACGAUCACCUGAAGAUGAGAUUAUUUUGGAAAAAUCAGCAAAGCUCAAGCAAUGGGUCAAAAAUCGUAUGAAAGAACUUGAAGAUCAAAACGAACGUCUUCGUCUGCAGAAUUUGAGAUGUACAACACAGCUUCAGAUGCUUAGAAGUUACAGUGAAAAAAGUCGUCAACUGAAGGAAGAUAUGAUGAGCAGAAGCAUAACCGGUACUCUACCCGUAAUGCCUGAUUCAGAGAAUCGAACAUCUGAUGACAGUGGGCUUACAAGUGACGACACAUCAGAUAGGCGUCAGAUGAGUACUUCCAUGGCUGGUGAUAUGACUCCUCGCAGUACGAGAAAGCCUAUUCGAUUACGGAAGGAAUCGACAAGUGCCGAAAAUGCGGACAAAGGAUCGUCUACAAGCGACUCCUCUCCUUGGGAAGAACGAGCUAAACCUAUUCCAACACCAAGAAAGACAGCCAGUAAUUGUAAUAAUAAUAAUAUAAAUAAUAAUUUGUUGGAACGUGAUAGUUUGAACUCGUAUGCAGAUGACUACGAAUUUGAUGUUGAAGAUGAAAUUUUCGACGAAAUCGAAUCGCCAAAAGAUCGGGAUGGUAACAAAUUCGCCGACUAUGUGAAUCUGGCAGACUUCGUAGCAAUUAGAGAUGAUAAAAACCUAUAUAGUGACAUCAUAAAGCCUACAAAUCCUAUAGAUCGACCACAAUUACCCGAGCAUCGUCCAAGACAAUGGGAAGCUAAGUUAUUACAAGCAGCUGAGAAAUGCCUAUCAAUCACUGAAUGUGCGUUGUCCGAAGGAACUUCCAGUGCUUCACCUUAUCAUGUAUCGCGGCUAUCAAACGUUCGAACGGAUUCUCCGGCAUCUCGAUGUUCCGGGAGUAAAGUAUCCGCAACAUCGUCUCCUAGAGUGUUAUCUUUCCAAACCAGUUCUCCUCAAACUCCGGAAAGUCAUUAUGCUGUUAGAGAUAUCAUUAAUAAUGGAGAAGGCGAUUACUACUUACCUCCGGACGCAGCAAGAUUAAGUGGAGACAUACGAACAAGCUUGAUACCCUCUCUAGAUGCUGUUGAGAAAAGCGGCUUCUGGAGUCUCAUGUCAGAUACUCGGCUGAAAUCGUUGAAGAGACGAUUCGUUGUAUUGAAAAAUAAUCAAUUAAGCUUCUACAGAAAGAGUGCAUCUCGUGAAGAAGAACCUUUGAUGCGAAUUCAAAUCUCGGAUGUGAAAUCUGUAACGAAAAUCCAACAACAGGGAUGCUCCUAUGCUUUUCAAAUUAUAACAAGUAGUGGAAAACAUACAUACAUGACUGAAAAUGAGAGAACUACACAAGAAUGGGUUGCUGUUUUAUCUGCAGCUGUGAAAGGAGCUACUUUACGAGAUUUGGCCAGUCGUUGUGCUCCUUUGGAUGCUUCAAUCAGUGGAAUAGUAACGAGAGUGCGUUGUGGACACUCUCGGAGAGUUUACGCAGCUCUCGUUAACCACAAGUUGAUGUUUUUCAAGAAUCCGGAUGACAACGUACCAUCAGCUUUUUUGUACUUGCAAGGCGCCAGAGUGUCUGAUAAGCUUCGAGCCUCUUCCGAUGAUUACAGCGGAAGUAGUGAUGAGCAGCAAUUAGACGACCCCACUCCAUCCGUUGUACAAAACAAAAAAGAAACGUACUGUAUAUGUAUUGAGAUCGCCAAUGAAGAUCCGGUGUAUUUGAUUCUGAAAGCUGCGGAAGAGAAAGAAAAAUGGCUAUACUUCCUACGAUCGGCAGCUGGAGAUGCUUCUCUUUUCGGAACUCCGUUUGAAAUUUUGGUUCAAAGAAUGCUCUCUGAAGGGGCUGAUCCGGACUCUCCAUUAUGGAAGGACAUACUUCUCGCAUCUUGUGAUGAUAACCCGAAAGAUCCGUUGACCACAGUAGAGGAACCUGAAAAGAAGAAGACGUUGGAGAUCUCUAAAGCAUGCCUCCUUUUCGUGUCGGUUUUAAUGCGACCGACAGCCGUGCAGUAUCACAUUGAUCUUGCUCAGAAUAUUCUUUCAACGACAAUUCAGCACGAUUUUUUGAAAAACGAAUUCUAUGCUCAACUCAUUCGGUUAACUAGUUGUUCCAUGCCAUACGGCUUACAAGGAUGGAAACUAAUGGCUUUGGCGUUAUCUCUCUUCUUACCUAAGCAGUAUGCUUUGCUUUGGUUAUUGAAGAAACAUAUAUCAAGAUGGAUGAUUAAAAACACCGACGAGGGGAGCAUGGCUGGUUAUUGUAAGGCAGCUUUGGAUAGAUGUUUGAGAAUGGGGGUUCGAACAGAGGGACCAAGCAAAAUGGAAGUGACCUCGGUUUUGACUCGUGAUCCAACAACAACAAAGUUCCCUCAUUCUAUAUCAGUACGCUUACCCAACCAUCAGUAUCAGGUUGUUGAGUUUGACGGUUCUACCGAAAUAGGACAAUGUCUUUCUUCUCUAUGUUUGAAACUUGGAAUGAGACCAGCGUUGUUGUCAGGAUAUGCGCUUUACAUAGAUGAUCCUACUACAAAAGGCUUACAGCUGUUGAAGGGGAAACAAAAAGUUUGCGAUGCGCUAAGCGUAUGGGAACAAAGACAUAGAGAUGUUUUACGAGGACGUAUUGCUACUGAUUGUGCUGCAACACUCUGCCUUCGUCAAAGACAUUAUUGGAACCAUCUUGUUUCAACAGAGACACCCAUCGAACGAUCCUUCCUGGUUUGGAGAAUGGCUGACGAGCUCGUUGCUGGUAAAAUGCCUCUUAGUAACCAGUUAGCUGAUCAGUUAGCUGCUUUAUAUGCUCAGUUAUCUUUUGGUGACUGUUCUGAAGUUUUAACGGAUGAACAAUUUAGUUUCAUAACAACAAACUUCUAUCCUGGAAAGAUGUUAGAUGUUGCUUGUAUCAAAUCGCUUCGAGCUUCAAUACUUGCGAACUGGAGGGAAUACAUUGGAAUGACUGAAGCUGAAUCUAUACGGGUCAUUUUACAGGUUAUGAGAAAGUGGCCUCUGUUUGGUAGCGAUAUAUAUAGCGCUGGAAUGAGAACAUGUAAUGAUAAGAAGAUAUUCCUAGCUCUUUCUGAUACAGCUAUUCAUAUUAUUGACCAAAGGCAUUUUGAUGUCAUUCGGUCAAUCGCUUACCAUCGUUUAACAUCUUUCGGAGCUUUCCAUAACGAUUUCAUGCUCAUGAUCGAUCGUCUCUUACCUGCAGAUUCACAUCCUGAAGAAACACCAAAAGAAAGAAUUACGUUUAGUAUGGAUAAAUGCUUUAUUGAUACGCUCACUCUACACUUAGCUGAAUAUAUAAGAUGUCAAAAAUUGGUUUGGAAAGUUUCAAAAUGA